AUAAUAACAGAGCUGUUGUCAAUGAAGCUCUUCGGCGUGCUAAGUAUAAAUUCCCUGGUCGCCAAAAGAUUAUUUUAUCCAAGAAAUGGGGUUUUACUAAGUUGUCAAGAGAAGAAUUUGAAGAAAAAAGACAAGCUGGACUUUUACAACCAGAUGGUGCCUAUGUUAAAUAUUUAUCUCAUCAUGGACCUCUUGCCAAACAUCUUGAUCAAAUUGUGUCUCAAUAG